AUGUCCAAGGGGUUCGAUACCAUCGAAUCCACCAUCGAAGCCUUCCGCAAUGGCGAGUUCAUUGUGGUUCUCGACUCUCAAGACCGUGAGAACGAAGGCGACCUGAUCAUCGCUGCUGAGGACGUCACUACCGAAAAAAUGGCCUUCAUGAUCCGCUACACGAGCGGCCUCGUUUGCGCUCCAAUCACCUCUCAUCUCGCUGCCGGAUUGGCACUACCACAGAUGGUGGUGGACAAUGAGGAUCCUAAUCGCACGGCCUAUACUAUCUCGAUCGACUCGAAUGAUGAGAGCGUCAGCACCGGCAUCUCAGCCCAUGAUCGUGCCUUGACUUGCCGCACCCUGGCUAGCAAGAAAGCCACCCCCGACAGCUUCCGCAGACCUGGCCACGUUUUCCCGCUCCGAGCUAGGGACGGAGGUGUUCUUGAGAGAACGGGCCACACCGAGGCAGCGGUCGAGUUCUGUCGCCUGGCGGGCAAGGCGAAAGUCGGGGUCAUCUGCGAGAUGGUUGAAGACGGAGAGCCCGUCCCAGGACAGACGGCCAUGCGCGAACCGGGUAUGAUGAGGCGCGAUGCUUGCCUGGAGUUUGGCCGCAAGUGGGGAUUGAAGGUUUGUACGAUCGAAGACCUGGUCGACUAUGUCCAGAAAGAAAAGAUGAUGAGAAAUGGGCAUGGGCACGGGCAUGUCACGAAUGGGGUUAAUGGGCAUCAUUGA